AUGGCUCUUGUUCUUAGAUAUGUCAACAAAGAAGGCACACUUAUUGAGAGAUUCCUUAGUGUUAUUCAUGUUAAAGAUACAACUUCAAUAGCAUUGAAAGAUGCUAUCUAUUCUUUGCUUUUAGAGCACUCAUUGAGUCCAUCUCAAAUACGGGGACAAGGUUAUGAUGGAGCUAUGCAAUUGACUCUUGUAGCUAUUGCAAAGAAGCACUAUGAUGUAGAUCAAUUUUUUGAUAUUGUUGCUAAUGUCUUGAAUAUUGUUGGAUGUUCUUUUAAGCGCAAGGAGAUUCUUGGAGAAGAUCAAGCAAAAAAACUAGAGGAAUUACUAGUGCUUGGUGUAGUUCAUACGGGAAGUGAACUAAAUCAAGAACUUGGGCUUCAAAGGCCAGGCGACACCCUUUGGGGAUCUAACUUUAAAACAAUGCGUAAUUUUAUUGCAUUAUUCUCAUCAAUUGUUCAUGUGCUUGAAAUAGUUGGAAGUGAGGUGUUGGCAAUUACAAAUGAUUUGAAUAUGACAUUGCAAAGAAAAGAUCAAUAUAUUGUGAAUGCUAUGAAGCUCAUUGAUUUUGCCAAGAGGCAAUUACAAUCGAUGAGAGAUUCUAAAUGGAAAUCUUUGAUUGAAGAUGUCUCUUCAUUUUGUGUGAAGCAUAAUAUUCUGAUUCCUAAAAUGGAUAAGAACUAUCAUAUUGGAAAGUCAAAGCGCAAGAGUUCAAAUGUCACAUAUUCGCAUCAUUUGCAUGUAGAAGUCUUGAAUGUUGUUAUUGAUUUGCAACUUACGGCAUUUAAUAGUCGUUUUGAUGCAGUGAAUAGUGAUUUGUUUCUAGGUAUUGCUAGUUUGAGUCCGGAUAAUUCUUUUGCAAAUUAUGAUAAAGACAAAAUUAUAAAACUUGAUACACUUUAUCGUGAUGAGUUCAGUGUUUCCAAGCUUGAAGAUCUCAGUUACGAGCUUGACAAUUAUAUUCUCUUUGUGAGACAAGACAAUGAUUUUUCUAACUUGAAAGGACUUCGAGAUCUUUCAGAAACAUUAGUUGAAACAAAUUUGCACAAGACUUGGAGACUUGUUUAUUUGCUUGUGAAGUUAAGCUUGAUAUUUCUUGUGGCUACUGCAACGGUAGAAAGAGCUUUUUCUUCAAUGAAGUACUUCAAAAAUGACUUGCGAAGCAGAAUUGGUGAUGAAUUUCUUAAUGAUUGUUUAGUUUGUUAUAUAGAAGAUGAAGUAUUUGAAAGUGUACCAAAUGAUGCGAUUAUUGAUCGUUUUCAAAACAUGACAAGUCGUCGGGGACAAUUGUAA